AUGCCUUUAGAUCACCUCACUAAGGUGGUGCGUCUCUUCCGAAAACAGUGGAAGAACGGAAAUAAUGCCGAUGGCGUUGAUAUUGAUAUGACUGAACACACUUCCUCCUCUGUUUCUUUUGGACAGACGUCCUCCACGACGGCGGGAGUUUCGGCGUCUUUACCGGCAGAUCCCGCCCAUGUGGAUUCAGUGGGAACCGUCUCUCCACCAACAGAAGAGGCACCACUCGUGCGGCCAAAAGAGGCUCUUUCACAUGCCAAACGUGGAUUUGUAAUGGCAUUUGAAAACGUUAGUUUUGAAGGACGAAUAUCGUUUUUUCGAAAACCCCGACUUAUUUUGCAAAAUGUUUCUGGAUAUCUUCUUCCAGGUACCAUUACGGUAGUAAUGUCUAGUAAUACAUUUUGUUCACGUAAAAUGCUUGAAGUAUUGUCUGGCGUAGAGGAUAAAACAACUGGAUCUGUUAUGGCGAAUGGACUUCCCGUUGUAUCCACCGCUUUUCGUAGACGUGUCGCUCUUAUUACUUCUAUUGAUGUAUGUACACGAGAUGCAACAGUUCGUAGUAAUCUUUUAUUUUCUGUGCAAAUGCGUGUAGCUACACGUGAAGCCGAACGUUUAGUGCGAGAAGUAGCGGAAACUGUACAACUUCAUCAACUACUUGAUGUUAAAACGGAACGAUUAAGUUUACCUCAGCUCUAUCAACUUGCAAUAGGUAUGGAACUAGUACGACAUCCAAAAUUAUUAGCGUUAGAUAGUCCAACACGUAAUUUUUCCUCUGGUGAAACUCAUGAAUUUGUAUCUUUUCUUCAACAACUUGUUUCUCGUAAUGGACGACUUGUGGUUCUAUCGGCCACAGAUGUUACUCGUGCACUUUAUGAAGCUGCAGAUAAUUUUAUUAUAUUAGGACCACAAGGGCAAUUAAUUUAUUCUGGUCCAAAAUCAUAUGUGAAUAAAUUUUUUAGCGAACAUAUUGAAAUGUAUGAGGAAAAUGGUGAUUCACUUGGUGAGAUGUUAGUGAUGUUAGAUGAAAAGAAUGAAUCUACACGAGUGGCAGCUGCUUUUGCAAAUAGUACAGUACAUCGUCGUAUUAUAAAUCAAGUGGAAGAACACCGUAAGAGUAUUGCAUCCAAUAGUUUUGAACCUAUUUCUCGUGAAGCUUCACCAUCACCGAAUUAUUUUAGAAAAUGGGUUUUAUUAACUUUUUAUAUCUGUCGACGUGCAACUAUUGGAAAUCGAAAUAUAGUUAUAGCAUGGGCUAUUCUACUUUUUCUUUUUUUCUUAAUGGCAUCCUUAAUAGCUGAAUCAGGGAGUGAUCAAAAUGCUAUGCAGAAUAAGAGAGGAGUAAUUUUUUUUCUUCUUUCAUGUUCGUUACAGGCAAAUAUUGUUUUAGUGGAUGCAGAAGUACGAGAGUUUUUUUCAGGUGUUCAUUUACGGAAUAAUAACUAUUUUGAUACUACUCAAUAUUUUACAGCUACAGUACUUCGUCUUAUUUUACCACGUGCUUUAUUUGCAUUUCUUGGUGCCUCGUGUACACUUUUCAUAUUAUCAUCACCUUUCUCUUUGGUGUUAACUAUGGGUUUAAUGAGUCUUGCUCAUGCUUCCUUGACGUUGUUUCUUGUUUAUUGGCAUCCAGUAGAGCACGAUUUGUGGCUUGUGCAAAAUUUAUAUUAUGGUUACUGCAUAAUAUUAAGUGGAUUUCUUAUUUGUUUACCUACCGUACCAAAAUUAUUUUCAGCGCUCUCAUUACUGCGGUAUGGUUAUGGUGGUGUAGUGGCAUCCGAGCUUCGACAUAACCCUUACUCCUGUGAUGCUAAUGCUAGCACUUCUUAUUGUUAUACAGGGGAUCAAUAUUUGGAAAUGGAGGGAUUUACCCAUGAUAGUUGGGGGAAGUCAUCACUAAUUCUCUUUAUUAUUUCAGUGAUACUACUCUCACUGGUUGCCUUGACUAUGAAGUUUUUUUGA